AUUUUUUAGAAAUCUAAUGCAAAGUAAUGCAAAGUAGUUUUGCAGCUUUGCAUUUUAGUAUUCCUGUGGAUCGUCAAAUUCCGCUUUUGAUUAUCAGACUAUCUCCGCAUUACCUGCUUUUUUGGUUUAUACGUUUUGUUAACACACAGUUUUGCAAUUCUAUUAGUCCAGAAUCGACCAUUAACCACGGGAUAAUUGUUUGCAGUUUGCACAAUAAAAAGAACCCAUAAACGUUGUCCAGUUGCAGCCCAUUGAACUUCAUUGCCAUAAUGGCUACGUCAGCGGUCUCGCAGCCAGUCCGCUCGGAUUAUGAGAAGCGCGUAUCGUAUUAUUAUGAUGCAGAUGUCGGAAAUUUUUAUUAUGGUCAGGGCCAUCCCAUGAAGCCCCAUCGCAUCCGAAUGGCGCACAAUCUCAUUCUCAACUAUGGACUAUACCGGAAAAUGGAAGUGUACCGUCCCCACAAAGCGACCUGCGAGGAAAUGUCCAAAUUCCACACCGAUGAUUACAUACGCUUUCUCAAAUCCGUCAGGCCUGAUAAUUUGGCGCAGUACAAUCGCUACAUGCAGCAGUUCAAUGUGGGAGAAGAUUGCCCAGUGUUCGAUGGACUGUAUGAGUUUUGUCAGCUUUCUGCUGGUGGAUCCUUGGCUGGUGCCAUCAAGCUGAAUAAACGCCAGACCGACAUUGCCGUCAACUGGGCAGGAGGUUUGCACCACGCUAAAAAGGCCGAAGCGUCGGGCUUUUGCUACGUAAACGAUAUUGUUUUGGCCAUUUUGGAACUGCUGAAAUACCAUCAGCGUGUGUUGUAUGUGGACAUUGACGUGCACCAUGGCGAUGGCGUGGAAGAAGCUUUCUUCACCACAGAUCGCGUUCUAACGGUAUCAUAUCACAAGUAUGGCGAAUACUUCCCCGGAACUGGCGAUUUGAACGACAUCGGAGCUGGAAAAGGGAAGCACUAUGCCGUGAAUUUCCCCCUCCGGGAUGGCAUCGAUGACACCAGUUAUGAGGAGAUUUUCGCACCCGUUAUGACGAAAGUUAUGGAGUUCUACGACCCGGGAGCUGUUGUGCUCCAGUGUGGAGCUGAUUCUCUCACGGGAGAUCGAUUGGGUUGCUUUAAUCUGACUGUCAAAGGACAUGCGAAGUGCGUGGAAUUCAUGAAACGCUUUAACAAGCCGUUGUUAUUAUUGGGUGGAGGAGGCUACACAAUCAAAAACGUAGCUCGCUGUUGGACGUAUGAAACGGCCGUAGCGCUCGGAGUUGAUGUUGCUAAUGAAUUACCGUACAAUGAUUACUUCGAAUACUUUGCUCCUGACUUUAAACUCCAUAUUGCACCAUCUAAUAUGUCAAAUUUAAACUCGAGCGAGUACCUGCAAAAUGUUAAAGAGCGCUUGUUUGAAAACCUGCGCCAUAUGCCGUUCGCACCGUCUGUGCAACAGCAUGAAGUCCCCAAGGACUCUAUGGAUCUCGAUGACCUUGAACGAAUGGCCGUAGAGAAUUCCAACCCGGACGAGCGUGUACCUGAGGCCGUGAAGGAUAAGAUCCGUGAGCGGAGCACUGAUGAUUUGGAUACGGCGGAAGGAGGAGAGGCGUCGAAUGAUCGCAAUGCGGAUAGCAAUGGAGAAAUUAUACAUCCAAGCGGAGCCAGGAAACGUCUCUUGCCGCAGGGUUUCGGCGAGCGUGAUGACGAUGGACCAUCCAGCAGGACACCAACCGCGGUAAGUGCUGCAGUACAACCGGAGCAAGCAUCUGCUGAGCCUAUGGAUCUGGGUGCCGGGAAUGAGCUGAUCAAGGCUGACGACCGAGAGGCACAAAAAGAAAAUCCCACUGUCUAAUUUUAUUGUUUUUUAUGGAAGUGCUGUUCCGAUAUUUUAACUUUAUUGUCAUGAUGGUCACUUUUGCAUGUUGGACACUUUGUUAUGAGCUUGUGCUAUCGGUAUUUUUUGUUGAGUCAUGGUAUUACUUAUUGGCAUGCGUGUUCUCAUGGUUAUAACUCGCCGCUGCUUUUUUAAAUUUAAUUUUGAACUAUUUGUGACGGUACCUAUUUUUUCCUCAACUGUACUGCACCUUUUUAUGACAGCGACAUUCGCAUCUGUAUGAAAUUAUCACAAGCUUAUUGUCUUUUUGCACUUUAAGGUUGUAUUGUGUCAGCCAUCAGAGUGAUCAGACUUACAACCAUCACCGAAGGUCCGAAACCAUACGGAGUAGUAGUUGUUGUAAUAAAUUCAGUAAAAACUUGG